GCUGGUCUGGGUUCGCGCGUGGUCCAAGGUGGAAGGGGCAGGACCGAGGAUGCCAGUCUUCCCCGGGCCACGGAUCUGGACAGGGUACCUUGUUCUUCGAUCCUUUUCGUUUCUCGAGCCAACAAUUUUCAACCCACUCGACCGGUGAAACGCGUGAUCAGUUUCGACGAGGUUUUACCGUGCUGUGAUCUGCUUUUUUGUUGAGAGACUGUAUAUCGAUUGUUCGACGACCUGGACUCUUGAACCAUCUCGGACUCUCUUGGACUUUUGUUGAUCGAAUCAUGGAUCACCGGAUGACGAGGUCGUGACCUACGUGAUCCACGCGUCAACGACAUGAAGACGGAGAUCGAGGCGGACACCGAGUGCCCGGACAGCAUCCUCUGUUCGAAUAACAACAAUAACACCACGAACAACAACAACAACAACGUGCCGAGCAUCAAGAAGGGCGGCGGCGGGGGGAUCGUGAGCAGCGAGGGCCACGAUGGCAUGGAGAUGGACUGCGGUGGUUGCGGGGAAAGCGUGCGCGAGCGCACCGUCCUCUGCGUAGGGGGUCGUACCUGGCAUUCCAGGUGCCUCAAGUGUUGCGCCUGUGCCAGACCUCUGCACGACCAGCACUCAUGCUUCCUCCGGGGGAUGAGGCUUUAUUGCAGGCACGACUACGCCUUAACCUUCGGCGCGAAGUGUGCGAAGUGUGGGCGUAGCGUGGGCGCCGGCGACUGGGUGAGAAGGGCCAGAGAAAGGGUUUAUCAUUUAGCCUGUUUCGCCUGCGACGCUUGUUCCCGACAAUUGUCCACGGGGGAGCAAUUCGCCCUGCUGGACGCCAGGUUGCUCUGCAAGGCUCACUAUCUCGACGUGGUCGAGGGAAACAAUACCUCGUCUUCGGAGGACUGUGAUUCCGAGCACGGCGGCAAGGGUAGCAAAACGAAGAGGGUCAGGACGACCUUCACGGAGGAGCAACUCUCUGUUCUACAGGCGAAUUUUCAACUGGACAGCAAUCCUGAUGGGCAGGACCUGGAGAGGAUAGCGCACGUCACAGGAUUGAGCAAAAGGGUGACGCAAGUUUGGUUCCAGAACUCGAGAGCUAGGCAGAAAAAACACAGUGGGAAGAUCAAGACGCAGAUGCACCAUUCGCCCCCGAUGCAACACCACCCAGGGGACCUGUACUCUUCGGGGGUGAGCAUGGUGGGCGCCUACUUGGGCGGCUACCAGGGUGGCAGCGCCGGAAGCGAAAGUCCCGGCAGCCCCAUGACACCGCUCACCCCAUUGACGCCUCUCACCCCAACGACGCCCAACCACCUCCAGGCGCAGUUCUGCCAUCAGGCUGGGUAACUGCGGCCGAGGAUCCCUAAAGACAAUUUUUACGUGAAACCGGUGACUUCUAGGAGUCCGUGGAUCCUCGAUCGAUCAUCCCGAGAAAAGUUUUAUUAGCCGUAAGGACAUAUUCGCGCGAAAAUCGUUCUAGUUGAUGAUCGAAGUGUAACAAGUGCGACCAUCGCCUCGAAGAGACUCGUUCGGUGGUUUAUAGUGAGUCUGGUGCGAUGGUGGAUGGAAUUCCGAGACGUUUCGAGAUUAUUUCGAAUGUAUAGCUUUUUGGGGGACCGUCUUCUAGCGCUGAAAGAUUGUUAACUCCUCUUUUGUACAUACCGGAUAAAGAAGAGUAAAAGUGAUAAUAUGAAUAGGAUAUAGGAUUUCGUGGUGAGGAUUCUAGACCCUAGAUAGGUAAAGUUAUAAUUAUUUAUUUCGAUUACGACAGUCUGUAGCUUGUAUUUAUAGACAUUUCUUGACAACUGUGUUGGUCAUACAUGUGCAAUGCUAUAAUCGAGUUACUUCUUAAGGUUCGUUAUUUUUGCGUACCGUGACGCGAUCUGUCUCAUCGAAGAAUCGUUUCGAAAGUCGACUCUCGAUUGUCUAUGUUGUUUGAGGAAAGAAUCAUUCACAGUUGUGCACAUUUAAUUGAUACUUUACCGUUUUUGUGUAGCGAAUGAUUGCAAUAUGGCGGCCGCUAGUAUCUUCUCGGUCCUUACUGUACGCGUGUCCUACGAACUAUUCGAGUCUCGAAAGUGAGAAUUGUAUAUAAACCUGUCCCGUAGCUUUUGUAUAUAAACCCGAUACCUGUGCAUGAGUAUUUGAUAUUGCGCUUGCGUCGUACACUGAUUCCCGCAAUAUUGUAAACCGUACUGUUAUUAAUAAAAGUGUCUUUUACUGUUAA